AAUUUUAAUCCUAAUACCAUAAAUCCCUAAUUUGUAUACUAAAUCCCUAAAUCUACAAUCAGAAAGGGAAAGAAAGGGAACGGGGAGCUUGAGGGGGAAACAGAAGGGAAGAAAGAAGGAAACGAAGAACAGAGGGAGAGGAGAGGGUGAGGGAACAGAAGAAGAAGAGAGGCAGGAGGAUCGCUGCGCCGUGCUGCUCCAUGCGCCGGUUACCGUCGCUAUCGCCAGAGCCAGAGGACAGAGAGAGAACGCUUGCAAGGGAGAGGACAAACGCGAGGAGAAGGAGAGCUCGUGCGCGAAGGACAGUGCCGCCACUCCGUCGCCGCGCAGCUGUUGCUGCCACCCCGUCACCAUCGUUGUCGCGGCUGGAAGCAUAAAGUUCGAACAGAGGGGGAGAAACCGCGAGUGAAGGGUGACGCUGGGCCUCUGUCGCUGCUGCUAUCACCAAGCGUUGUUGUCGUUGCCGCUGAAGGCCAAGGCCCUAUCGUUGUCAUCGAUUCUGCCUGGAGCCACCACCCACUUGUCACACAGCCAGUUAGUUACUCUGCCGCUGCUGAAUUUGCUGUGUUGAGACUGAAACUGCCACUUUGACUCUGGGCUGUAAUUGUUCUUUAUUCCCAUCCAAUUUGAAUUCCUUGUUUCGCUGUAACUAUCAUUACUGUUGUGGAAUUGUCGCCGUUGCGAGCAUGAUUAGAGACAGUGCCAGAUUCGGAUUUGCGUGGGAAUUGCCACUGCUGUGAGUAAAAAGGAAAAGCCGCUCACAGCGUUUAAUCUUACGAGUUUCGACAUUGAGUGACACAGGUUUGAAGAUGUGAUUUGAAGCUGCGAGCGAUUAGUAGGCUUCCUUUAUGGUUUUAAUUGCUUUCAUAGAGUCCCCUCGCUCUUGUCCUUUGAAGUUUUAUUUUAUCAGAGGGAUAGGUAUUGUAUUUGGGUUUAUAUGACUUCCUAUAUAUAAGAAUUACUAAUAAUAAUACCUCUGUGAUUGUUAUUAUUAUUUGCAAUGUUUAUCCUUGAUACAUGUCUUUAAUGAAUAAAAACAAAAUUUUCCGGAAUUUUCUUAAAACUAAAAUGCGAACUCGAUAUAAAGGCUCAGUAAUUAAGUAGUUAAUAUUAGAAAAGGUCACGUAACGUUCUUUCUAGUAGAAAUACCCUGACUUAAGCAAGGUAUUUUGCUAGAAGGGAUGUUACAUUAAACGCCAGAAUGGAUAUCAUUCUGGGCGUUUAACGCCAGAAAGGUGGGAGACAGAGAUUUUGCUUUCCACUUCAAUUUUUUUCAAACUUUCCUGUUUUGAUCCAUAAUUUUCUACAUAAAUACAUUUCAAACUUUCAUCAUUCAACUUCAAAUUUUCAAAAUUAAAAUCAUUCUUUAAAUCUCUUUCAAAUCCUUUCCAAAUCUUCUUCAAACAACUCAAAUAUCUCUCAAUUUCUUUCCAUAUCUUCUCAAAUCUCCUUCAAAAUUUUUGAACACUCUCUCCCUUCCUUAUAAAUAUAUGUUCGGCCACACCCCCCUUCCCCACCAUUCGAAUUUGCUCUCCUCCUCUCUCUUCUCUUUCCUUUCUUUUGCUUGAGGACAAGAAAACCUCUAAGUUUGGUGUGUUUUUCCGUGAUCACUAAGUUAAGGCUCAUCAAGAUCAUGGCCACCAAAGGAAAACAAACCAAUUCAAGAGGCAAGAAAGAGAAUGCUCCAAAAGACCUUUGGAGUCAAGAGAAGUUCUUAACCAAAGAACAUGCAGACCAUUACCACAAAAUAAUGGGUCUAAGGUCAGUGAUCUCAGAAGUUAAAUUUGAUUUGAAAGAAGAUGAAUAUCCGGAGAUCUAAGAGCAAAUUCGAAACAGAGGAUGGGAAGUUCUAACCAACCCUGAGACAAAGGUUGGGCGAAAUAUAGUUCAGGAAUUCUACUCAAAUCUGUGGCUGACAGAUAAGCAGAGAAUGACUGGAACCGCUUUUCAUACCUACAGAACCAUGGUCAGAGGGAGAAUUAUUUACUUCCAUCUGGACAAAAUAAGAGAGGUCUUCAAAUUACCUCAACUACAAGAUGAUCUUGAAUCCUUUAAUAGGAGAAUGGUGAGAGUAGAUAAGGGGUUGGAUCAAGUUCUAGAGGACAUAUGCCUCCCUGGAACCAAGUGGAUGACCAAUUCAAAAGGUGUCCCAAACCAACUCAAGAGGGGAGAUCUCAAACCAGUUGCAAGAGGCUGGUUGGACUUCAUAGGGCGUUCUAUCUUGCCCACUAGUAACCGUUCUGAGGUUACUAUCAAGAGAGCAGUGAUGAUUCAUUAUAUUAUGCUAGGAAAAGAAGUGGAGAUUCAUCAUCUGAUUGCUUGUGAGAUUUACACAAUUGCAAACAAGAACUCCACUGAAGCCAAACUGGCUUACCCAAGCUUAAUCUCUUUGCUGUGUAAAGAUGCUGGGGUGAGCAUGGGAGUAGAUGAAUUCAUCCCAAUUGAGCACCCAAUCACCAAGAGGUCAAUGGAAGGACAAAUGCAAGAUAACUCUAUCAAAAGGAGGGCGCAGGAGUUCCUCCCUGAACUUCCUGAAAUUGACUACUGGACUCAUCUAGAAGCAUCUGUUGCCAAGCUACAAGAAGCUAUGGAACAAAUUAAGGAAGAACAGCAGAAUCAAAACUGCAUGCUCUGCAAAUUGCUGAAGGAACAAGAGAAGCAGGGGCGUGAGCUACAGGAGUUGAAGCGCCAAAAGCUCUCCCUUGAAGGGUCAAAUACCCCACAAGUUGAGGGAGCAUCCACUUCUCAAAAUCAAGGUUGUUGAGUCCUAACUCUGUGAUAACC